AUGACAUAUCGGAACAAUGAUUAUCUUUGUGUGAAAAUUGAAAAAGAUUUUAGCUUAGAUAUUGGCAUUGAACUUAUUUGUGAAAUUGAUCAUACAGAAAAGACGACAUAUGCAUUUUUUAUUGAUCAUUUAAUACCAGCAUCAGCUGCUGAUAGAUGUGGUGCAUUAUUUCCCGGUGAUCAAAUCAUAGCAAUAAAUGGAUGCAAACUUGAUCUUAUUCCAUUUUCAGAUGUUAAUCGACUUCUUCAAACAUCUUUACCAACCAUAUAUCUGGAAAUUAUACCUGCCAAUCAGAUAAG